CGAGCUCCCGCAUGUGAAACGCUGGACACGGUUCCUAGCACAGAGGGAGCUCAGUAAGUGCUCAAGGACAGUAAGCAGCUAUUUUGCUUAUGGACCUCUUUCUCUUCAAGGCACUGUUACAGUUUGUAGGUUGGCACCGCAGGCCGGAGGGGGUCGGGGUUGGAGUUAAAAACCCAUUUUUCGGAGGCGGAAGCUGGAACGCAGAGCUGGGAAAGGCUUUGGAGUUCGGCCCGCGAGGAAUGCGGAGUACCCGGCGCGCCACCCGCUGGGGCCCAACGCGCUGACGCACGGUCAUCGGAGCCGCGGCGGCUCGCUCGGUCCCCUCGGCCGACUUCGGUUCUGGCUCCCUGGGCCCGACGACGGGCUGACCCACAAUAGAGACGGCCUGGUGGGAAGAAGCCGGUGGCUCUCCCCUGGCCUUCGGACUGAGAACAAUCCGGAAAAUCGGGACAGUGGGCCGGGCCUACGUGUUUUUGGGCACCGCCUAGAGUGCCCCCCUCCGUGGGUUUAGGAGGCGCGGGGGCCUGCGACUGCGGACUGCGCAAGCGCGCCUCCCCGGCCGCGCUCUCUGCCUCCUGGUCCCCGCAGCCGCCCGCAGAGCGGCGGAGGCAGCGCCAUGGUGGCGGCGCUGUUUGGCUGCUGGUUCCGCGUGGGCGGGGCCCGCGCUGGGGUGUCCGGCCCGGUGAUCCCGGUCGGCCCGACUGUGGUACAGACCUCCAUGAGCCGGUCCCAGGUAGCCCUGCUGGGCCUGGGCCUGCUGCUCAUGCUGCUACUGUACGUGGGGCUGCCAGGCCCCCCUGAGCAGACCUCCUGGCUCUGGGGAGGCCCCAAUGUCACAAUCCUGGCUGGUCUCACCCCUGGCAACUCCCCCAUCUUUUACCGCGAGGUGCUGCCGCUCCACCGGGCACGCAGGGUGGAGGUGAUGCUACUCCACGGAAAGGCCUUUAACUCGCACACGUGGGAGCAGCUGGGCACGCUGCAGUUGCUGGCGCAGAGGGGCUACCGGGCUGUGGCCCUUGACCUCCCAGGUUUUGGGAACUCGGCACCUUCCAAGGAGGCAAGCACAGAGGCAGGGCGGGCAGAGCUCCUGGAGCGAGUGCUACGAGACCUGGAGGUGCACAAUGCCGUCUUGGUGAGCCCCUCUCUGAGUGGCCGCUAUGCCCUGCCCUUCCUGAUCCGAGGCCACCACCAGCUGCGUGGAUUUGUGCCCAUUGCACCUGCCUCCACCCAGAACUACACCCAGGAACAGUUCUGGGCCGUGAAGACCCCGACUCUCAUCCUGUAUGGGGAGCUGGACCGUAUCCUGGCCCGAGAGUCACUGCGGCAGCUCCGCCACCUGCCCAACCACUCUGUGGUGAAGCUGCGUGAUGCAGGCCACGCCUGCUACCUCCACAAGCCGCAAGACUUCCACCUUGUCCUCCUGGCCUUCCUUGACCGCCUGCUUUGAGUUCACCCACUGACCAGGCCCCAGGCCUGGCCUGAGCUGGGAGAGUCAGGACCAGUGCCCCACCAGGGAGGCAGCCCCUGGGAUUGGAGGGUGGAGGCCAGAGGGCCGGGCCCAGUCGGGACCUCUCAUUUCAUCUCACAGGCACAAUAAAAAAAAA